AUGGCUUCCUCCUCCUCCCUCCCCCUCCCCCUCGCUGUUGCCGUUAUCGAGGGCGCCGUCACCAUCCGCGGCAGCCCCAAGCGUCCUAUCCCGCCGCCGACCGCUCAGCCGCUGAGCGACAAGGCCCAGCAGCGUCUCAUGCGCAUGGCCGUCAUCCAGGCCGAGCUCGAGGCGGAGGAGCGCGAGGCUCUUAAGAUCACUGCUGAGGAGCUGCAGAUCUUGCAGGACUCGGUCAAGUCGGUGAAGGCAGAGUUCGACGAUCUUGACGGCCUCUCAUGGGAGACUCCCGAGGCCCAGCAGAUUCUGGAUCAAUGGCACGCCGAACAGGCCGCGCGCUCUCGCGCACACUCUCUUAGCCACAUUGGCGGCGUCCCCAUGCGUCGCUCUAACGCACAAUAUAUUCCCUCCACCUCCCCGCACAAUCUACCCUCCCUAUCCUUCUCCGCGGCGGCGAGCAUGCCAGACCUUACGCCGAUGCCAUCCCCAGUCGACGAGUCCAACGAGGACACCAUCCGUCUCUCCCUUUGCGUUGACUCCCGCCGAAGCUCCUCCGCGUCGACGAUCAUGCCCGACCGCGAGGACGCACGUACACCCCUCCCAAGCCUCUACGCGUCUCUGGAGAGCAAGGAAAACGACGCGCCCGCGCCCGCGGAGGACGUCCGCCCAGGCCUCCCCAAGUCGUACUCCGCUCCAGUCCUGACGACCUUCACCGAUCCGUUCGCCAGCGCCGACGCGCCCCCACGUGCACACCCCGCACGCGCGACGAAGUCCCUCCCCCCGAGCCGCAUCCCCGUCCGCAGCAAGUCGUUCUCCGCAAGACCCUCGCCCUCCUGGCACGCGAUCGACGGUACACCCAGCACACGACACUCCUCGCUGCUCAUUCGGCCCGUACGCGGUGCUCCGCGUGCCAUCCUCGCGCCCUCGCUCACGGGUAACCUGCGCUCUCCCGCGAAACGCUCCUUCGCGGACGCGCUCUCCGCAUCGCCGCGCCGCGUGCACCCACAAGUGCACCAUCCGCUGCCGGUUCCUAUCCCGGUGCCGCCGCGUUCCCCUGCGCGCACGCGCUUCCAGCUCCCGCAGGGGGAAGGGUCCCCGAGAAGCAAGUUCCGCAUCAUCAGCGCGCCGCCGAUGCGCGAGGGCGUGCCGACGUUCCCGUCGCGGAACCGCGCCGUGUCGGCACGCGUCGCGUCUGGGUCGGGGCUCCAGCCUGUAGCGUCGGGAUCGGGCUCCCCGGCGCGCACGCGGGCGGAGCACGGGUCGCCUGUGGCUUCUGGCAGCUCUCCGCAUCGAGGUGCAGUUGUUGGUGGGCAGGGGCGUGCGGGCCCGGGUACGCCUGUGCGGAUGACGAAGCGUCUACGCACGGGUGAGGUGGACGGAAAUGAGGAUGAGGAUGGCCCGUCUGAGCCGCCUUCGCCUUCCCCGUCGAGGCGGCGGGGAGCUAUGCUCGGCGGCGUCCCGAUGCGUCGUACUUGAGGCUCGAGGUCCGUUCAAGUAUGUUAUCGCUACGUUAUACCCUCCCCGCGCCCUGGGGGACAAGGACUUUCACGCUCCUUACGACUGUCCACGAGUACUAUACGCUCCCUCUUGUCCUGUCUCGUCUCUUCUCUUGGUUUUGUUUGUCCUGUCCUGUCUCAUCCUGUCGUGCUACACUACGCUACCACGCUCUGCUCUCGCGCACCCUACCAUGUCUCUCUUCGGACUCGGAAGCUUAAGGCUGAACCCGGGCCCGCGCACGCAUAUGCUAUACCAACCAAAGAACCC